AUGCUCAUGUUGCUUCAGAUGGUGAGGUUCAAGAAUAGAGGUGCUGGCGGCAAAGGUGUGUGGGGAAAGCUGGGAUCAGAACUUGAAGAGGCAGACGUCGACAUGAAUGAUCCCAAUUAUGACAGUGACUCUCUUGAAAAUGGUGACAUUGAGCUUAAGACCAUCAUUCCUGAAAUGUCGGAGGAGGAUAUUCAAAAGAGCGUGGAACCUAUCCUUCUUGAAUAUUUUGAACAUGGUGACACUCAGGAAGCAGCCCUUGCCUUUGAAGAGCUCACUUGUGGUACCAAGAGGUUUAUGAUACCUAUGCUGGCUGUGGAAAUUGCAUUGGAACACAAGCCAUCACAUCGUGAAAUGACCUCUGUUCUCAUUUCAGACCUAUAUGGGCGUGUAGUUUUGCAAAGAGACAUCGCGAAAGCUUUUGACACUCUAUUGAAGAAUUUGCCUGAUCUCAUAUUGGACACUCCAGAAGCACCCACAGUUUUGGGGAACUUCAUUGCUCGAGCAGUUGCUGAUGACUGCUUGCCUCCAAAAUAUGUUCAAAGUUAUAAGGACAAGCAGAAAGAUAGAGGAGAAGAUGAGUGUGAUUAUGCAAGGGAGGCUUUGGCUCGAGCAGAUACUCUCCUCUCAAUGAAGCAUGGUCUGGUAAGAUUAGACAAUGUGUGGGGAGUUGGUGGUGGACUACGACCUGUGAAGUACCUGACCCGCCAGAUGACCUUAUUAUUAAAAGAAUAUUUGUCCUCUGGUGAUUUGCAUGAAGCGGAGAGGUGUUUGCAAGAUUUGGAAGUUCCUCAUUUUCAUCAUGAGCUGGUUUAUGAGGCUGUUGUAAUGACUAUUGAAGCAAUUAAUGGUCAUACUGAAGAGAUGAUGUGUAAAUUACUGAAAUCAUUUUAUGCUGCAAUCAUUAUAACUCCAGAUCAGUUGGAAAGGGGCUUUCUUAGAGUGUAUGAAGAUAUGCCUGAUAUUUGCGUUGAUGUUCCUUUGGCCUAUACAGUUCUAGAAAGAUUUGUUGAUCGUUGUCAGAAAGGUGGUUUCUUAACUGAUGAAGUGAUAAAGAGAUUGCCAUCCAGAGGGCGUAAACGCUUUGUGUCUGAAGGAGAUGGUGGCCGUGUGAAGACCCUUGAUUACGUGUGAAAUGUGGUAGGAACCCUGUGGAGAUCUUCAUUUCCCUAUUUCUCGGCCAGCUUUUGCAUUGUAUCAGCUUGGACAGGUAUCUGGAGGUCCUCAUAGUGUAAGAUGAAACUGUGUGAAAGUUUUGUAAAUUACAUAUUAUGUACGAGAGGUCUCAAAACACAUUUCUUGAUUGUCAUUUUUGAAGUAAAUAUGUUCUCAUAUCUUCUGUUUCUAUUUUUCCACUAGCAUUGUUUCUAAAAUAUAAAUAUUUUGACUUUGCAUUUAUUUCUACUAAAGAGGUCAUUGUACAUAGUAAAGUAAGAUUCUGUAAUAUACAGUGAAUUUACUAGCAAAAAAAGAAAUGUUGGUGUGAUGAGUCAUGAGUUUGUAGCUUUUCUUUGUAUUUUUGUUUAUUUUGUGAUGCCUUUUAAUAUGGUUUGUGCAAGGUGGUUAUUAGCUUAUGAAGAUUUUCAAUGCCAUAAACAUAUCUAAAAUAAUUUUACCUUGCAUCUAAAAUUUGAAUUUCUGAUACAUUAUGUUGAACUUAGCACAAAGUGGGUUGCUCUGAAGGAGGUAGUCAAAGAAUACUGCUUAAAGCAGAUUCAUCACUUGGAAGUUGUCCAUGUCAGAGCUAAGAAUUGUGUUAAUAUUCCUGAUUCUUGUAAGUUGAGAAACUAAAACUAAAUAUGGUACAUGCAAGAGAUUCUCCCUUUCCUGUAACUGGGUUGCAUUUGAUGUAGAUUUAGAAUGUGCAAUGCAGGUACUAUCUAUAGAGAGAAAUACAUGAUCUUGUUGUCAUAGACAGAUGAAUUCUUGUCCUUUAACUUGGAAACACGAGUUCUUUGGAAAUAAAUCUCUGGAAACCUUCAAUUUUCUUUCAAAGCAAUUGAUAGUUAGAAUUUACAAUAGCAUUUUGUGCAUUGGUUCUGAGACAUCAGAGACCAUAUAUGGAAUCGAGUGUAUUUUAUUAAACUAUUUUCAGAAAUGUGCAGUGCAGUAUAUUUUCUAAGUAUAUUUGAACCUGUAUUUUAUUAAAAUUUACUUCAUGUGUUUCUAUUUUUUCUCUUCUUUAUUUAAAUUUGGAAUUAAAAAACUACUGAAUCAUAUUCUCAAAGGUCAGUGUUAGUGCCCAUAAUUUUUUCAGGUUGGCUUAAGGUAUAUUCAAUGUUGCAUAUUGCUUGCAAAGAUUGCUGGAAAUAUUGUUGUUGAUAAUACAUUAGUUUGGGAAAAGGGCAGGAGAAUCAGGAAACAUUUUGUCAUCAAAGAAUUACCACUAUUUACAUGAUUCAUGUUUAUACGAAAUGAAAAUUAUGGAAUCCUUAAAUUCUCUGACAUUAGAUCUUAAUUGUAUGAUCUAGUUGGUGUAUUUGUGAUGGCUGAGCAUUCUUAGAAGCACUAAUGCUCUUUUGUAAAUUUCGCACUUUUGAACUUGAAAUUGCUUAUACAUUUUGUAUUUGCUAGAAUUUUUUAAAUCUCUCUAGAGAUAGUCACAUUUCCUUAUGUUAAAUUGAUAGUGUUCUCAAUGGUGUACAUGUGAAGAAUGUUGGUAAGUCACUGCUUCAAAGAAAAAACAAAAAAAGUACAAAUAAUGUAAAACCAAAUAAAGUUAAUUAGAUGUCACUGAGGGUGUCUAGUAUUUGUACUUUUACUGCAGUUAAGGAUUGUUCAUUUAGUAUUAAGAUUAAAGGGUUUACGGUAUUUCUUUGAAGUCGUUUAUUUUACAUUUGGCAUAACAUAACAAAACAGUGUUGUAUGUAUUACAUUGAAUUUCACAUAAUGCUGGAUACUCUGCAGUGUACCUUGUUCUCAUUGAAAUUUAGUUUUGGUUAAGGAUGUGAUGUUAAAUGCAAAUACUGCCAAUGAUCAGUAAUGGAGUAAUGUCAUUGUAGCAUGGUCCAAGGACAUCUCCUCUUUAUUCAAUAAAGGGAUCAUGCAUUCAACAAGUUUGUUUUAUUAUUAAUUUGCUCCUGUAUGUAUUUUAUAUUGCAGUGUACAAAUAAUUACCCAUUGUAAGAAUGUUGUACCUUUUCAACUUCAAAAUGAGACCAAACACAUUCGUAUUGAGAACAAAUCUUUCACUCAUUC